UGGAAAAUGAAAAAUGGCAGGAGAAACUUUGACUGCGGAGGUUAUGCAACUUGAAGGUUCAUCAAUUACUGUAAAUGUUGUCAAAGCUCUUGAGGAUGUUAUUGUAGUGUCAUAUAUAUAUGCUACGAAAGUGUUCCAAGGCGUUCUGUUGGAUUCAUCAAAACGGUGCUGGCCACAUGGGCUUAACAUACCUAACUUCCACUUGGCUGGUCCAAGGAAAGAAGAAAAAGCUGAAGAGGUGAAACCUGAAUUGAAUGCAAUCAACUACAGACACACGUAUGAUCAGCAGUGCAUCAAAAGCCAAGACAGACCAGGUCUGAUUCAAUCAAAGUACUACCCCAGAAACAGUCUUCUAAAGGGCAAGGGUUUCCGACCCUGCCCGAUGAGACUGCGACCCCGUCAGGUCUUUUGCUCAAAGUGUAAGUCAGUGUGCACGGAGAACUCUGAGAAUGUAGGAAACGCGACGACUGCCGUCGGCAGUCUAGACGCCGGAGCCGCGGAGGGCAAGCCGAGCGAGAACGACGCUGCCAGGACACCAAAGAAACUAAAGAAGUCUGACGGCGGUGAGCGCAUGCACAGGCAGGCGAGUCCGAUCAUAAAGAUCUCGUUCAGUAAUCCCGAGGGCAAGGGAACCGUGAUGAAGAUCGCGCGGCGAUCGCACGACUACGCCGACGACCUGACGUCGCCUACGAACAAUCUGCUGGCGGAACGACCCGUCGAGCACGUGCACCGCAAGAAGGCCAAGCAUCACCACAAGCACAAGAUGAAGCGGAAGAAGCGGCACCGGCACCAGUCGGGGCAGGAGAACAGUGGCGAGGAGAGCGACUGCGCGAUGUUGGCGCGCGCGCGUCGCGACAACUCCAGCUCGGCGUCGAGCGUCGACGGCAACUCGUCGGUGCAGUUUGCGGAAGCGCGCGUGAAUCUCAAGCGGCUUCCCGAGAGCGAGCUGUCGAGCCUGACGCCGCCGGAGGGCGACGACGACGACGACGACGACGACGACGAUGGAGAAGACGGCGACGAACUCGAAGAGGAGGACGAAGAAGAACCGCAGCGCGGCAGCGGCACCGCCGGCCACGACGACGCGACGCGCGACGGCCCGCCGGACGGAUGCUCGGAGGAGGUGCGCCGCGUCGAGCCGCUCAUGAUGCGCAUCCAGUCGCACGCCGUCGACAAGUGCGUCACGCCGGCGGGCAAGACGCUCGCCGUCGGCGACGUCGUCUGGGGAAAGAUCCACGGCUUCCCGUGGUGGCCGGGACACGUGAUCGGCAUCUCGGAGUCGACGCGCGACAACGGCAGCCUCGUGCGACAGCUGGCGCACGUCGCGUGGUUCGCGUCGACGACCAGCUCGACGAUGUCCUGCUCCGAGCUGCUGUCGUUCAUCGAGAACUUUCACGGCCGCUUCAACAAGAAGAAGAAGGGCUCGUACAAGGAGGCGGUGCGGCAGGCGAUGCUCGCCGCGCAGGCGCACCGCGGCAAGCUGCACGACAUCGACGUGUUGUCCUAGCGACGGCCGCGCCGCUGCCGCUGCUGCUGCCGCGACGUGUACGUAAUGGGCCGAUCUGAAAUAAUACUAGUCCAAGACUGUACACGACCACUGCAUAUGGACCCACAACAAUAUAGGUACACGUGCAAGUGUGUGUGUAAUAUAUACAGUACAACGUGAAUUUCAGCUGCUGGUAGUUAUAUAAUGCCGCUGCCGCUUCUUACAGCACAUAUCAAGAUUGUAGACGUUAGUAAAGAGGCUCGUGAUGUGAGAGAGAAAGGGUUGAUGCUGGGUGACUGCCUGAGUCAUGUGAUGAUUUUAUUGUACGCGCAGAUGUGAAGUGUGAUGACGUUGGCAUGAAUGAUGUCACGGAUGUAUAAAAACAUUGAACGUAUUCGGUUAGUGAUAUAUAUAUAUAUAAAGAAGUGCGGUUUUAUCCGUCGUGCGUGCAAUUUGUGUUUUCGCAUAUGCGCGUAUAAUAGCGUACGUAUCCGCUCUGUCUGUAAAUGUUACUCUCGCUGUUGUGUCACGUAUUUACGAAUUGUCAUCUGAGUAUAAUGGCCCGGAUAUAUCCUCCAAAACAUAAUAGCUUACACUGAUUGUGCCAUUCUAUAUACCUGAAUGUAUAUAUCCCUAUUAUCUACUCCUGCUGAUAUGUAUGUAUAUAUAUGUAUACAUACAUACGCCUACAAUGUUUCAUAUUCUACUUCCCUAUAUAUUGACAGAGACUUAGUAGACAGGUCAUGGAUAGAUAAAUAGUUCACACUAAAUUCAUGGGUCUGUGCAGUGUUCUGUCUUCCGCAUAGCAGUUACGAAUCAAGGCCAAAGGGGCAAGAGACCAAAGAGAAAUUGAGAAAAAAGACCAAAAUACACCAGCAUAAAGACAUCUUUGUACUUGGCUUAUUUCGCUCGUGUGGGAAAACAAAAAUCCACUCUUUACGAAAUUGAAAGGUAUUUUUGUUUGUAAAGCCUUGUACACAGUAGUUCGUUACAUGAUUUACUAUGAUUCAACGGGCGAGUAGCCUGUGCUAUCAUUGGCAAGUAAAGAUAGAUAUCAAAUACAAUAUCAGCUAAUGAAUAAUAACAGUGAUUUGAUAAAGCUCAUCGAACCUUGUGUGUAUGCUAUCAAUAGAGUUUUUAUUUAGACCCGCAUUAACGAAUCUAUAUUAUAUAAAGGGCUUGAUAAAUGAAAAAUACUGUCCAGCUACAUAUGGUUAAGGGCGCAUAAACCCUGUUUGUGGAUUAUGUGCUCUUAAUAAGAUGCAGUCAGAUAAUCAGCAACACACAAAUAUGCCGUUGUAUCCUCUGCCAAAAUUGCAGUAUUUUUAUUCGUUGCCCCUUUAUCGACGUGCCAGCAUCUAAGCCCGUCGGGCAUGCAAGAUGGUUUAAUAUGAUGAAUACGUAGUCGUAUAUUUCUCAGCUUCUCUCCCAAAAGUUGGAAGGGUGAAAAUGCUUUCAGCUUGGUUAUACUCAUAUAAUAGUCUGGAUUGGAAGUAUUGUGGCCAUACUGAUGAUUGUGAUCAAUUAGUUAGUGAAUGAAGGGAAGAAGGUAGGAAGAAGUUGUGAAUGUUUGAAUGAACGAUUGAUGACCGUUUUAAGUUAUUGUGUAAAGAAGAAAUAAAUAUAUGAAUUAAUUAAAAUUAA